AUGCGAACCAUCCGGCGACGCGUGGUGGACGUAUUCCUCUGCUAUCUCAUACUGCUCUCUUUCAUCGACCGACAUUUCGCGGACGCGCUCAGGUGAGCUAGUGUACGGAUAUUUAUAACCAGCUGA